AAGUGCCAUCUGGACAAGUUGAGGGCGGCAGAGCCUGGAAGAGCGGGAAAUAAAACCCCAUUAAACUAGCUAGCUAACCUGCGACUGCUCUAAAGUUUCCUACCUUUGGCACAUGGAAACAAACUAACAAUAGUCUAUAGAUACAUGUUUCUCUGGUUAAAUACAACUAUAACAAUAUAAAUGUAACCCAUGUAGCCCACCUAUGAAUAUGAGUGGUUUAGGACGAGCUCAAUCUGGUAAGCGCCAGAUAUUUUCCCUUCGUUCAUACUGCAGAUAGACUGGUGUUGAUGACUCUGAUACAGGCUCGGCUGUCCCUGGCUGUGUGCACCUCCCUUGCAAGGUGUUUUAACUUGAGCUGCCAUUGUCUUGCUGAAUUAUUUGUUUCCACUUUACUUGUUCACGACAUCUAGUUAAGCACUGUGUCCACGAUGGAGAACGAAAUAACCCUAAUCUCAAUCUGCACGCAGACCAGCACUCCCUCUCCUCCUCCUGCUCCAGUGUCUCAAGACCCCAGCAACGACACCUCUCCCUCUCACCAUGCCCUCCGCUUUGGCACCGUCAUCCCUAACCGCAUCUUUGUGGGAGGCAUUGAUUUCAAGACCAAUGAGAGCGACCUGAGACGCUUCUUCUCCCAGCAUGGAGCAGUGAAGGAGGUGAAGAUAGUGAUUGACCGUGCUGGGGUGUCAAAAGGAUAUGGCUUUGUUACCUUUGAGACCCAGGAGGAUACAGAGAGAAUCCUUCAUGAUGCUGACAGACUGUGCUUCCGGGACAAGAGGCUCAACAUCGGCCAGGCCGUCCGCAAGCAACAAGUGGGAGGUCACCAAAACAGCUUCUCUGUGUCCAGCCAUACUCCUGCCAUGAUACCCACCCCCUGUGGAACCAUGUACCUCACCACCCCUACGGGGUACCCCUACACCUACCACAACGGAGUGGCUUACUUCCACACCCCAGAGAUGAGCCCCUCCGCCCCCUACCACUGGCCCUCCCGCUCAGUGCCUGGCUCUCCAGUCAUGCUGACCCACCAGCCUCCACCCAUCUACCAGCAGCCAGCCUACCAUCACUACCAGGCCCCUACACAGUGUCACCCUAGUCACCUGCAAUGGAACGUUCCUCAGUCUCCAGUGCCCUCCAGCCCAGUGUUGUACAUGCAGCCCUCUGAGCUCCUGUACCAGCCCAUGGAGCAGCCCAGCGACGGGGGCUGUGUCCAGCCUGCCAUGCCCCUCAUAGAGGCCCCCAUCCCAGAGCAGCAGUUCAUCGACCACAUGGUGCAACCAGCCUACAAUCACACGUUAUCAUACUACCCACAAAGUCCAGGGGGGAUGACACCUGUGAUGAUACAGCAAGAACCAGGAAAGGAACAGAAGUUCCACGCCAUGAGGCGAGGUUACCCCUCCUCGCCGGUCAGCCUGAAGCCCAGGUACGGCCGCAACCCGCACUACGCCCACCUGCGCAAGGAGUACCGCCCAGAAAUCACCACUGACCCCUCCCCUCCGACCGCCACCGAACCACUCAAGUAGAGUAUAUCCACGUUUCCUUUCAGCCAAUGAAACGCCCAUCUCCUCAGGCAGAAAGAUCUCUCCACCCGCUUGUCAGUCUCUCCAUGACCCUGUCUCCUCCAACCCUUCACACGCAUCAUAUUAUUCAGUCCAGACAACUAUGUGCUCGCUGAAUGUUCAUCUGUUUAGUAUAAUUUAACAGAAUAUUGACAAUAUGAAUCAUUUUAGCUACUAAAAAGUACUGUAAGCACUAUGAUGUAAGUGCUCGUUCUAUCACUUCCGGACUGUGAAAAGGUGCAUAGAUUCCUCUGGUGUUUUUUCCACAACUCAGGGAGGGAUAACUAGCUCCUGGUACUGCAUUGUACUGUUGAACUGUUUCAUAACUAACCUAAUGCACGAUUGAGCUUAAAGUUAAGCUAAACAAUCUUUUGUAACAAGAAUGUUCCUCCUUUGGCAUUUGUGUCAAACUUUUGCCAUGUAAUCGUUCAGAGUAUAGAAGAAAAAGAGAACUAUUUCCUGAUACUGCUUUAUUUUGGCCUAUUGGCCAAUCACACGUUUUCUUUUUCAAAUUAGCUCUUAACGCAAAGCAAAAAAAAGUCUUAACGAAGAUUACUGCCAAUAUUAGUUCUAAAUAAAAGCUCUCUAUCUGCCAUUGGGCAUGUUUUAUCUCAAUGGUAUUAGAAUAGUCAAGAUUACUGUCUUUAUGAUGUGACUGCAAUACAUGUUGGAAAAUGUAUUUUAAAAUAAUUAGGCUGCUGUCACAGAAGAGUGCAAAUAGAUCCCUAGAGAGUUAAUCGUUACAUAAUUCUCCAACUGGAUGAAAAAAUACAUAACCAGGAGAUUAUUUUAUACACUUAGCAUUUUUAUGUAUCUCAUGUUUUCAAGAGCUGUUUCAUAUAGAUUUUGCUGUGAUUGUGAGUCUCUAAAAAACAAUGUGCCCUCCAGAUGAGGGGGUAACAUCAAAAUAACUCUGUCCACUGGACUGGGACCACAAAUAAAGUACAAUGAACAUCAGUCAAACAGAUUCACAUGGUGUUUCGUCGGCUCUGUGACGGCUGGGACAUUUCAACAGAUUCACAUGGUGUUUCGUCGGCUCUGUGUGACGGCUGGGACAUUUCAACAGAUUCACAUGGUGUUUCGUCGGCUCUGUUUGACGGCUGGGACAUUUCAACAGAUUCACAUGGUGUUUCGUCGGCUCUGUGUGACGGCUGGGACAUUUCAACAGAUUCACAUGGUGUUUCGUCGGCUCUGUGUGACGGCUGGGACAUUUCAACAGAUUCACAUGGUGUUUCGUCGGCUCUGUGUGACGGCUGGGACAUUUCAAGAUUGGAAGGUCAACAAGGCAAGCUCUUUUUUUUGCCGCUCUUUCCUGCCUGUAAAUUAUUCGCCUCGUCUUCAUCAACUUCAAUCACCCUGGGUUCAGUCAUGAGUCACCCAUGGUUCACUCAGGUCUACACGGUUUGGUUACUUUUUCUCCUGCAUCCUGUCUUGGUCUGCUCCCUCAUUGGUUAUGCGUGUAUUCUGUUAAAAACAUUUCAUUUUUUUACAAAUUGUAUUCUAUAACUAUGGGUGUCAGAGUUGAGGUUUAACUAAAGAAUUUAUGACAUCACAUAUUUCAUUGAGGCCUAUUUUUUUAAAUAAUUAUUUGAAUAGCUGGAUUGCAUGUACUAUGAGGUGUCUGGUUUUGUUUUGUGUGAACUGCGAUUCAUUUUCAUUUCAUGAUCUUCCCUGUAAAAAAAAUAUAUAUAUAUAUAUAUAUAUAAUCAGGGUAGGAACAUCUCGAAUUUUCCACAGCGGUUCAUAUUUGAAAAGUUAUGUCGUUUUGCUCUGAAACUUGUUUUCUUGUUGAGAAUUGAUCAUAGUGAAAGUCAAUGCCAGAAGAAAACAAAUGACAGAAUAAUUUCAUAAAUAAGUGCUCCCAUGUUCUGUUAAUUUAUCAUUAAAAUAACCGUUUAGGUCAAUUUGAUUUGGUCAGUUACUAAUAAAACAGAAUCAGUUUGAUUUGAAAUGACAUUUUAGGAAGAGUAUUUUGUUGUAUUCCAAGCAUGCCUGUAAUUUCUCAAUGUUCCAUUUUAAUAAACAGGUUUUACUCUUUCCAUAUUGUCAUAGCACCACAUUGUCAAGUCAAUGUGUCUUGCUUUUUAAAACAUACAUAAAUGUUGAACUAUUUAUUACAAUGUUACACGUUUGAUGUUCAGUUUGGGGAUAUUCCACCUCUACCUCCUGUAAUCCCAUUACUCAAUCUGAGGAGCAGAUCAACUAUGUUUUGCUCCAAAGUACAGCCUUUUAAAAAAUGUCAUAUUGUUUUGGAGUUAAGAUAUGCUCCGUUCAUCUACCCUUUUUACAAAUGAGGCUAAAGUUGUCUUGACCUUACAGUGAAGAUGUUUUAACAUCAGUGCAUGUUGUAUGUUUUGUAUAUAGUUCUGAACACUAGCUAACAUUUGGAUGUUUACUUUGAUGUUCUUCUGCACAUUACAUUGUGCCUUGUUCUUUCUGAAUAUUGGGGAUGUUUAAGACUUGUUGUGUUCAGAAGUGGGUCGUCUUGUUGGUAAGAAUAAAGUUUGAACCCUUGAGAAGGA